AUGGCACCAGCGACUACUGAAGUGAUCACACACCUCAAGUUGCUGGGCCUCAAGGACCAUGUGACAGGGCUAACUGUUGUGCCUGAGAAGCUACACCAGAGUGAGACAGACCUCUCACUGGCAAUCCAAUGCCUUGAGCAUGAGAAGCACAUCCAACAGACACUUGGCAUGAUCAAGAAGCUGGUUGAUGAUGACCUCCUUCCAUUGAUUGAGGGUGCCACCACUGCAAAAGCUGUGCUUGACAUCCUCAAAGCACCAGGACAUAGGUCCUGUUGCACAUGA